AAAACAGCCAAGACCUGCUUGGCAUUUCUCUCCAGCUGAACUCCUCUUGACUUGAGCUAUUUCUCGCUCCAAGCUCUCUCUCUCUCUCUCUCUAUCUCCAUCCUUUCUUUCAAAACUCACAUAUCAUUUCUGUAAAUUUGUCUGUUUUUAGCUUUUGGUUGCUGUUACGAUCUACCAAAUACACCACUACAUUUUCCUGUUUUCUCGCCUACUGCUGUCUGCGAACGCCAUUAAAAUACACAAAGAAAGAGGAAAAAAGAAGACAAAUUUCGCAAAUUCGAGAGAAGCCCAGUAUUUUCUUCGCCCUCUUGUUCCUGAACCCCGACCCAAUAGAUCCGCCAUGCUCAGCCUGCGGCCUCGCCGCGAUUCCACUCCGUAUACUACCAAAUGGCAGAACAAGUUUGAGGAGAAUUUGGAGCAGUGGCCACAUCUGAAGGAGUUGGUGCAGUGCUAUACAACUGACUGGGUGAAGGAUGACAACAAGUAUGGUCACUAUGAGAGUGUUGGACCGCCCUCAUUCCAGAACCAGAUUUAUGAGGGUCCUGACACUGACAUUGAAACCGAGAUGCAUCUUGCAAGUGCAAGGCGAACCAAGGUGGAAGAUACUACUGAUGAUGAUGUCCCCAGUACCUCGGGAAGACAAUUCACAGAGGCUACUGUAUCCGAUUCAGUACAGUCCAAUGAUCCAAAGCAUUUUGGUCAAUCUCCCCUUCCUGCCUAUGAACCAGCAUUUGAUUGGGAAAACGAAAGGUCAAUGAUAUUCGGACAAAGGAUUCCAGAAACUCCAAUAUCUCAUGGAUUGAAGAUCUCAGUGAAGGUUCUUUCCCUAUCAUUUCAAGCGGGAUUAGCUGAGCCAUUUUAUGGUACAAUGUGCUUAUACAAUAGGGAGAGAAGAGAAAAAUUGUCAGAGGACUUUUAUUUUCGUCAUGCACCAACUGAAGGGCAGGAUAUUUCUUUUGAACCUCGCGGAAUCUUCUAUUUAGAUGCUCCAUCAUCAUCAGUUUGUCUGCUAAUCCAGUUAGAGAAGCAUGCCACAGAAGAAGGCGGGGUUACACCUUCAGUUUAUUCGCGCAAAGAACCAGUACACUUGACUGAGAAAGAAAAGCAAAAACUGCAGGUGUGGUCUCAAAUAAUGCCUUACAGAGAGUCCUUCGCUUGGGCAUUUGUUUCAUUAUUUGAUAACAGCAAUGGUGCAGCUUCUGGUGGGUCUGCUUCCCCAAGCAGUCCUCUUGCUCCUAGUAUAUCUGGUACAAGUUCUCAUGAUGGUGUGUUUGAGCCUAGUGCAAAGGUCACAUUAGAUGGGAAGCUAGGUUAUUCAAGUCGAAGCUCUGUUGUUGUCGAAAUAUCAAACUUAAAUAAAGUUAAAGAAUGCUAUACUGAAGACUCACUUCAGGAUCCCAAACGCAAGAUUCAUAAACCUGUGAAAAGUGUUUUGAGACUGGAAAUUGAGAAGCACCAGAAUGACACUGUUGACUUGGAAAAUGUAUCAGAAAGUGGUAGUGUUACCAAUGAUUCUAUUGAUGACCGCAUUACCGAUUCCACAUUUGGGAAGCUUCCAAGUAAUGGUUUGGAUGGUCCUCAGGGUAGCAGCUCUAAGUGGAAUUCUUCCGACACCAAAGAAAUAUCUGGAAAUGGACCAAAUGCUCAUGGAAAUUCAAUUCCUAGUACUGAUGAUUUUCAAGCUUUUGACUUCCGUACGACAACAAGAAAUGAGCCUUUCUUGCAGCUUUUUCAUUGCCUAUAUGUAUAUCCCAUGACUGUUAGUUUGAGUCGGAAGAGGAAUUUGUUCAUAAGGGUUGAACUGCGGGAGGAUGAUAAUGAUAUUCGUAGACAGCCUUUGGAGGCAAUGUAUCCAAGGGAACCUGGUGCAUCACUACAUAAGUGGGCUCAAACACAAGUGACUGUUGGGGCUAGGAUGCCCUGCUACCAUGAUGAGAUCAAACUCUCCCUCCCUGCUACCUGGACACCAACACAUCAUCUUUUAUUUACUUUCUUUCAUGUAGAUCUUCAAACAAAAUUGGAAGCUCCAAAGCCUGUAGUAAUUGGAUACGCGGCACUUCCAUUAUCCACGCAUGCUCAGUUGCGCUCUGAAAUUUCUUUGCCAAUUAUGAGAGAGCUGGUUCCACAUUAUCUCCAGGAUAUGGGCAGAGAGAGGUUGGAUUAUUUGGAAGAUGGAAAGAAUAUCUUUCGAUUGCGCUUAAGACUAUGUUCGUCGCUGUAUCCUAUCAAUGAGCGCAUAAGAGAUUUUUUUCUUGAAUACGAUAGGCACACUCUUCGAACAAGUGCACCUUGGGGUUCUGAACUUCUGGAGGCUAUUAACAGUUUGAAGAAUGUUGAUUCCAUUGCUUUGCUUCAGUUUCUACAUCCAAUUUUGAAUAUGCUUCUCCAUCUAAUAGGAAAUGGUGGAGAAACCCUCCAGGUUGCAGCUUUCAGAGCCAUGGUUAACAUCGUCACCCGGGUGCAGCAAGAGUCGGUUGAUGAUGCUGAGAGAAAUCAUUUCCUAGUUAAUUACGUUGAUUACGCUUUUGAUGACUUUGGGGGUCGUCAACCACCAGUUUAUCCUGGUUUGUCAACUGUUUGGGGGAGUUUGGCUCGUAGUAAGGCUAAAGGAUAUCGUGUUGGACCUGUGUAUGAUGAUGUUUUGGCAAUGGCCUGGUUUUUCCUUGAGCUAAUUGUCAAGUCAAUGGGAUUGGAGAAGAUGCGUCUUUUCUAUCAUAAUCUUCCUUUAGGUGAAGAUAUUCCGCCUAUGCAAUUGAAAGAAGGUGUAUUCAGAUGUAUAAUGCAGUUGUAUGAUUGCCUACUAACUGAAGUGCAUGAACGUUGUAAGAAGGGAUUAAGCUUAGCAAAGCGUUUAAACAGCAGUUUAGCUUUCUUUUGUUAUGACCUCUUCUCCAUCGUUGAACCUCGCCAAGUUUUUGAAUUGGUGUCCUUGUACCUGGACAAGUUUUCUGGGGUUUGCCAACUGGUUCUGCAUGAUUGCAAGCUCACAUUUCUACAAAUUAUAUGCGAUCACGACCUUUUUGUGGAAAUGCCUGGGAGAGACCCUUCUGAUAGGAAUUACCUUUCGUCUGUUUUAAUACAAGAGCUAUUUCUUACAUGGGAUCAUGACGAUUUGUCUCUGCGGGCAAAGGCAGCAAGAAUUUUGGUAGUCCUUUUGUGCAAGCAUGAGUUUGAUGCACGAUACCAAAAGCCUGAAGAUAAACUAUAUAUAGCCCAGCUCUAUUUUCCACUUAUUGGACAGAUUCUUGAUGAAAUGCCUGUAUUUUACAACCUCAAUUCUGUUGAAAAGCGUGAAGUUUUGGUUGCAAUUUUGCAAAUUGUACGGAACCUUGAUGAUUCAUCACUUGUCAAGGCGUGGCAGCAGAGCAUUGCUAGAACUAGAUUGUUUUUCAAACUCAUGGAGGAAUGCCUUGUUCUAUUUGAGCACAGAAAACCUGCUGAUGGCAUGCUUAUUGGAUCUAGUUCUCGCAGUCCUGUUGUUGGUGAUGCCCCUGCUUCCCCCAAGUAUUCUGAUAGACUAUCCCCUGCGAUCAACAACUAUCUGUCUGAAGCAUCUAGACAAGAAGUCAGGCCUCAGGGUACUCCUGAAAACAGUUAUUCGUGGCAGAGAGUAAAUUCUCAGUUAAGCUCCCCUAGCCAGCCGUAUUCCUUGAGAGAAGCACUGGCUCAGGCACAAUCUUCCAGAAUUGGAGCUUCUGCUCAAGCAUUAAGAGAAUCUUUGCAUCCAAUAUUGAGACAAAAAUUAGAGCUCUGGGAAGAAAACUUGAGUGCUUCUGUCAGUCUUCAGGUUUUGGAAAUAACUGAGAAGUUCUCCAUAAUGGCAGCAUCCCACAGCAUCGCCACUGACUACGGAAAAUUUGAUUGUGUCACAGCCAUAUUCAUGAGCUUCUUCUCUCGAAAUCAACCAUUGUCUUUCUGGAGAUCAUUGCUUCCUGUCUUCAACGGUGUCUUCAAUCUUCAUGGUGUAACUUUGAUGGCUAGGGAAAAUGACCGCUUCUUGAAGCAAGUAACUUUUCAUCUUCUUCGACUUGCGGUGUUCCGAAAUGAUAAUAUCAGAAAAAGGGCUGUUAUUGGGCUCCAAAUGCUUAUGAGGAGUUCUUUCUACUACUUUAUGCAAACAGCAAGGUUGAGGGUCAUGCUGAUCAUCACAUUGUCAGAGUUGAUGUCUGAUGUACAAGUGACUCAGAUGAAGGCUGAUGGAACACUAGAAGAGAGCGGUGAAGCACGGCGUCUUCGAAAGUCACUUGAGGAAGUGGCAGAUGAAGCUAAGAGCCCCAGUCUAUUGAGAGAGUGUGGAAUUCCUGACGGUGCUCUGUUAGAAAUUCCAGAAAAAAUGACAGAAAAUAGAUGGUCCUGGUCAGAAGUGAAAUUUCUCGCUGACAGUCUUCUUCUUGCUCUUGAUGCCAGCUUGGAACAUGCACUCCUGGGCUCUUUGAUGACUAUGGAUAGAUAUGCAGCUGCCGAAAGCUUCUAUAGACUUGCUAUGGCAUUUGCCCCUGUCCCAGAUCUUCACAUAAUGUGGUUACUGCAUCUAUGUGAUGCACAUCAGGAAAUGCAGUCUUGGGCUGAAGCUGCUCAGUGUGCCGUUGCUGUGGCUGGUAUUGUAAUGCAGGCCCUUGUUGCGAGAAAUGAUGGUGUUUGGAGCAAAGACCACAUAACUGCUCUACGUAAAAUUUGUCCAAUGGUCAGCAAUGAGAUCAGUUCUGAGACAUCUGCAGCUGAGGUAGAGGGAUAUGGUGCAUCAAAACUUACCGUUGACUCUGCCGUGAAGUACCUUCAACUUGCAAAUAAGCUGUUUUCUCAAGCUGAACUCUUUCAUUUCUGUGCAAGCAUACUGGAACUUGUUAUUCCAGUUUAUAAAAGCAGGAGGGCGUAUGGACAGCUGAGUAAAUGUCACACGAUGCUUACCAAUGUCUAUGAGUCAAUCCUUGAGCAGGAAUCAAGCCCAAUUCCAUUCACUGAUGCGACAUACUAUAGGGUGGGGUUUUACGGUGAUAGAUUCGGAAAGUUGGAUAGAAAGGAAUAUGUAUAUAGGGAGCCCCGCGAUGUAAGGCUAGGUGAUAUAAUGGAGAAACUUAGUCACAUAUACGAAUCUAGGAUGGAUGGCAAUCACACCUUACACAUUAUUCCAGAUUCUAGGCAGGUCAAGGCGGAUGAAUUGCAGCCUGGAGUCUGCUACCUGCAAAUAACUGCUGUUGAUCCGGUCAUGGAAGAUGAAGAUUUGGGAAGCAGAAGGGAGAGAAUCUUUUCUCUUUCCACUGGAAGUGUUCGUGCGCGAGUCUUUGAUCGUUUCUUGUUUGAUACACCAUUUACAAAAAACGGAAAGACUCAAGGUGGAUUGGAAGACCAGUGGAAGCGACGGACCGUUCUUCAGACUGAAGGUUCAUUCCCAGCUCUUGUGAACAGGCUUUUAGUUACCAAAUCCGAAUCGCUUGAGUUCUCGCCAGUAGAAAAUGCCAUUGGAAUGAUUGAAACUCGGACAGCUGCUUUACGAAAUGAACUUGAAGAGCCUCGCAGUUCUGAAGGGGAUCAACUUCCACGUCUCCAGAGCCUCCAGAGAAUUCUUCAAGGCAGUGUUGCCGUUCAGGUCAACAGUGGGGUACUGAGUGUGUGCACUGCAUUCCUGUCGGGCGAGCCUGCAACAAGGUUGCGGUCCCAGGAACUGCAGCAACUCAUUGCUGCACUCCUUGAAUUCAUGGCCGUAUGCAAGCGUGCCAUCCGUGUGCACUUCAGAUUGAUCGGCGAUGAAGAUCAGGACUUCCACACUCAGCUUGUGAAUGGAUUUCAAUCUCUGACGGCCGAGUUGUCCCAUUACAUCCCUGCCAUUCUGUCAGAGCUGUGACAUUCUUGUGUAAUUACUGUUGUAUUAUUGUUUCGUUUCGUUUUUUUAUUGUUUUUCGCCUCAGGCUGUAGCUGCAAUGCGUCGAUGUCUUUCCGGCCCCCAUGUGGGGUUGCACAUAUUCUAUGGCUGUUCAUAUUUUCGUGACCUUAUGUAUUAGCAGCUUGGAGACCUCUCUAAGAUUUCAAGGUUUCCAAGAUUACAUUAAUCCAUGCUAUCGUUGUUUGAUACUUAA